CGAUUCCCGGUCAGGGAACAAACGUUUUUCCGUCUUUGUGCUGGAUAUCAGUUACGUUUUUGAAUAUUCCUGGUGGGACGCUGUAACAAUUUCCAUAAGGAAGUAUACCAACCCACGCAUUCUGCGUAGCUGAACAUCGCACAACACACUGAAUAUCGGCACUGACACACAGACAAGUACACUCCACGUGAAGUCAGGCAAAUGGAGGGCAUUUAUGUGACAAUCCGAACAUCGUUAGCCCCUCUAUCGGGAUCAUACAACAUUCUUUGGGUCUCUCUGAUCGGUUCUCAAUGUGAGUGUCCACCAGUUAGGCCUUUUACAGAUGCACAGUGUCUCCUUCCUGGCUCGAACUGCACUGUUCUGGUCAAGCCUGCUGAGGAAAUAGGCACCGUGGUUCUUGUGCGUUUGCGGCUUGAAGCUCGGUCCGGCUUCCCCAAUCUCGACUGGCACUGUCUAGAUGUGCAGCUGAAACGGAGCUCUGAUGCUACAGAAGUAGAGUGCUUCCCCUGCAACAGGUGGAUCAAAACUGCAGAUGGUGAUGUGGAGCUCCGCAGCAAUAGAGUGUGCCUGCUGAAUUGCGAGUCACUGCAGAUACUUCGAGAGCACAGGACCAGGGAACUCCAGAAUAAGCAAAAACAUAUCAGAUGGAGGACUUUUGUUGAAGGUGGCCUUCGUUGCAUUGACAUGUCCAGUGAUCAGGCCCUGGGUCCCAACUUGGGUUUCACCCGACAAAGCCAAGGUGUCAAUGUCCACUACCUUAGGGGUUUUACUGAUAGAGCUGAACCAUGGAAUAGCAUGAAGGAACUGGAGAUGCUAUUCAUGCAUAAUGGAAAAGAUAACACAGUUGCCAAGUAUGUUCAGGCUCAUUGGAAAGAAGAUACAUUUUUUGGUUAUCAGUGUCUGAAUGGAUGUAAUCCUCUAAUCAUCAGACAGAUCCACUGCCUCCCACCUAAUCUAGCUGUCACAUCGGAGAUGCUCAAGGAUUUCCUGCCAGAGCGGUCUUCUCUAGAGCAGGAGUUAGAGAGAGGAACUAUAUUUCUCCUGGACUAUGAGGUACUUGAUCAGCUACCUGCUAAUGUUAUCAAUGGCAGGCAAACAUACCUGGCUGCUCCACUGUGCCUCCUGCAUUACAACCAACAUGGAGAGCUGAAACCUAUUGCUAUCCAGCUUCAGAAAACCGCUGGUCCUCAAAAUCCUGUCUUUCUGCCAUCUGACUCCGCACCUGACUGGCUGUUAGCAAAGAUAUGGGUCCGUAACGCAGAUUUCCAGGUUCACCAGCUCCUCUCCCACUUCCUUUGCACUCACUUGAUAGGAGAGGUGUGCUGCAUCGCCACGCUUCGGAAACUGCCAGAGAUACACCCUCUGCAUCAGCUUCUGAUGCCCCAUUUAAAGAAUUCUCUUCAGAUCAAUAUCCAGGCUCGAGCUUCUCUUCUAGGUCCUAAUGGUGUUUUUGAUAAGGCUAUAGGCUGUGGCAUUAAGGCAUUGCCUCUUAUGCUUGCUCGAGGCACUGACCGACUACGCUACACUUCACUGUGUGUCCCAGAUGACCUGAAAGAACGAGGACUGGACAAGCUGCCCAACUGUUACUAUGCACAGGAUGCUCUGAUGGUGUGGAACGUACUUCAGAGGUUUGUGGCAGGCUGGGUGGAAUUGUAUUACCAUGAUGACCAGGAGGUCCAGUGUGACUCAGAACUCCAGAGCUGGAUCCAAGAGAUUCACAUUGAGGGAUUUCUUGGUCUUACACAUACAGGUUUUCCACAGUCAUUUCAGACCACAGCAGAACUGAGCAAGUACAUCACCAUGGUGAUCUUCACAUGUUCAGCACUACAUUCAGCUGUCAACUUUUCUCAGGUAGACUUCAAUUUAUGGCUGCCGAACUCCCCGGCUUCCAUGUCACGGCCUCCUCCUCAGGUGAAAGGCUCAGUGACAGAAGAAGAUCUUUUGUCGUUCCUCCCUGAUGUUAACAGUACUUGCAGUGUGCUCAUUGUGCUGUCCCUGCUGUCAAAGCCUGCUCUUGACUAUGUGCCUUUGUGCCAGUACCGUGGGUGGUACUUCAGCAGCGGUGCCCCUCACAAGCUUGUCGAAAUGGUACAGCAAGACCUGAGGGCCAUCGCUCAUGACAUCCUCAAGAGGAACAGCAAACUGGAGCUAGCUUACCCCUACCUCUGCCCAGAUAACAUUGAAAACAAUGUGGCUAUCUAAAAGAUUUAAUCACCAUAAUUCAGUACCUAAACAAAUUGAAUCACACAAACAGCAUAAUUAGAUUAUGCUGCUGUUUUAAAUUUCUUACAAUAGAUCUUUUGAAGGUUUAAUAUAUAGUUAGAAAUCUAAUUAAAGUUUUUCCACAGCUG